CCUCCGUUUCCUUUCCACUCUUCCUAGGUUUAUAACGUUAACUACAGCUGCUGCCACUACUCACUUCUGUUGUUGCGCUUCACGCCGCCAACUCGCCAUUUUCAAUCUCUCUUCAUUCUCUUGGAAAACUUUUAAUGGAGCUAAGUUUGUGAAAGACAAUCUGAUGUCCCUACUCACCCUUCCCUACUUUUUAAUUAUAGAAUGAGUGAAUCAAAAUCCACUUUAUAAUUUGCAAAAAAGGUGCAAUAUAAGGGUUUGAGUAAAAUGGGUCACUGUGAGAAACCCAUCAUUAAGGUGGAACCCUUUCUAGAUGAACAAAUUAAUACUACAAAAGUUUUGGAGGACACAGAAGUCGAUAUAGUGAGUUGGGCAAACAAGGGUGAUUUUGCAUCCAACAAAUUUGAGGACCCUGAUGCAACUGACUAUUCAAGUUCGUUUGCUGAUACUACGUCUGAUGCGGAAAAUGGUUCUAGAUUGAGUGAUGCUGAAGUGGAGUCUGAGUUCUUAGGUGACAGUGGUAGCUUAACAGAUGCUUUUGAUGGUUCUGCAUUUCCAAUGAGGAAGAGGAGGUUGACCGAUCAUUGGAGGAACUUUAUAAGACCUCUAACAUGGCGAUGCAAAUGGACAGAACUAAGAAUUAAGGAAAUUGACUCAAUAGCAUUAAAAUAUAGUAAAGAGCUUGCAGAAUAUGACAAGGGUAAACAUACAACACCUGAUCAAUUUUCCAUAGAAGAGUUUGGUUCAAAAUCAUUGCCGUUUUUGGGUGAACAUAGUAGAAAUAAGGCCAACAAGAGAAGAAAAAGGAAGAAAGUUGAAGACACAACUGAAAUUGGAUCAUAUACAUCACAUCAUUAUAUUUUCUCCUAUCUUGAGAAUAAGAAGUCUGAUCAUGACGGUGGUUUGGCUGAUGAUUUUGGUAAUCCAGUGAUCAUAGAUCCACAUACUGAUUCAACAGAUAGGUUUGGCACUGGGGAAGUUCAACCUUUCUUGGAUUUCAGUGAAACUGAUGCUUCAUUAGAGCAGCUUCUUUGGGCAAUAGACAAUCUACAGGCUAGGGUCCACAAGCUGAAGAGUGAUGUUGAUGCAAUAAUGUCGAAAAAUGCAUCAAAGUUUUCUUCAUCAGAAAAUCUGAGUCUUCUUCCUCAUGGUGAUAUGCAGACUAGUUCUGCCCAAAGCCCUACAAUCUCUGCAGGGAAUGGAGAUGCUGCUUCUGUCGGGGUUAUUUAUAAUUCAAUUCAGCACGGAGUUGACUUUGAUAUUGGAGAUUUUGUUAUGCAUAGUGUUGUGUCAAGUUAUGGAGAAGUUCCAAUGGUUCCUGAUAUAAUUGAGAGUACCGUUGGCUUAUUGUCUGCUGCUGAUGUCACCUUUCGUUCAGCCUUGGCUGGGGACUCGUGCGAAGCUAUGGUGGACAAUGUCUUGAUACAUGAAGUCGCUGAAACUGAUGAGCACACCUUUAAAAGUGGAAGUCAGCCUCCGAUGGAGAGGCUUCAGAACUGGGAGAAAGGUGAAGGGGAAGAAAAUUUGAAUCUUGUGUCUGUUCCCAUGUCAGAUAUUAAUACAUUGGCUCAAGAACAAUCAACCCUGAAGCCCUGUGUGUAUAACGAUGUGAGCAUCCCGAAGAACAAAAGAAAACGUGGGGAGCGCAAAGCGUGUUCAGGUGGUUGGAGCAAGAAAUGCUCAGGAGAAUCUGAGAAUCACUGAGCUAAACUUCUCCAUCAUUUAUAGCUCCUUUUCUCUCCCUCGUAAGUUCACUAAUGUUAUACUUAAUAGGUGGAGAAGGAACUCGUUAAAUUCUGAUUUUCCGAUCUUAUACUUCACACCCAUUUUCAAACUGGGUUU